CCAUAUUUGAUGAAACUGAUGAAGAACCAAUUGAAAGUUUGAUGUCUUGUGAAGAAAGUUGUGAUCUUCCUUAUCUUGAAUCUGAGUUUAUAAAUGAUAAUGAACAGGUUAAUAAUGUAGAACUAACUGUUUUGCAACCGGAGCAUCCGAGUAGCCUUGUUUUGUCUCAACAGGUUUUUGAGGAAGAGCCACUGGAUAUUCCACAUCAGUGCCCAUGUCUUGACACUUGGAUAUCUUUGGAUGAAGUCCCAGAACCUAUCUUUGAUGUGGAGGACAAACCUGAUCCAGUCUUUGAUGAAGAAGCAACAAGCAUCAUAUCUACCUUUAUGGAGAGCCAUCUUUGCUUUGAUUCCGGCACAACUAUUGUUCCUUCGUCUCCUGCCCCUUUGCUUCCUGAUCUUCAAGAGCACUGUGAGAAAUCUGAAUUAGUUAUUUCUCUGUCUGACAUGUUUGAUAAGAUCAGUUCUCUUGAUGUGAUUCGUUUUGGUCUUGAUAAGAUAAAAGAAAAUUGUUUUUCAAAAUCUGUUUUUGGAAACAUGAUUAAUUCUUUUAAAAUCUUUGAACCUGAUAAAUUUUUUGAUCAGCAACGUUUUCAAACUGACCUUGGCAUCAGUUCUGAAAUUAUUUUGAGCUUUGAUCAGUCCCUGGAACAAAUCAAAGUUUUUGAUCAUUUUGAAAAGUAUCUUGAGCUUGAUUUGAAACAAACUGAUUUUUGUGCUACAAAAUCUUUUGAUUUGUUUGUUUUCAAAGAAAAUAGCUUUGAUCUGAACUCUUCUAGGCAUAGACUGAUCACUGAUGAUUUGUUUGCAUCUUCUCUGGACUUGGACGAUUUCUUAAUUAAAAAAAUGCAGGAACAGAAUUCACUUGAAACUGAAACUGGUUUUUGUGAACUUGAUUUUUGUGAUUCUGUUUUGCAGCCUGAUCUCUUGAGUUUUGAAACUGAUAAGACUUGGCAUUUUAUGAGAUCAUUUCGUGAUAAUGGUGUUGUCUUGAGUUCUGAUGAAAUUUUGGUUUACAACACAUUCUUUGAGAAAUGCCUUGAACUUUUGAUAAAUGAUUCUCAAACUGAACUUAAGCUUGUGUGUUCAGAUGUUGGGAAGGAUAUGCCCAUCUUGAAAAUGAAUAUUGUUGUUGCAUAUCUUGAUAAAAUUCUUGUAUGUAAUAUAUAAUUUGAUAAGCACCUUGAAAGGCUGAAAAAUGUGCAAUUUGUUCUUGGAAAAGAUAUCUUGAUUUGUGAUUUGAACAAAUAUUUAUCUUGCACAUUUGAUCCUGGUCUUUUAGUGUUUAUUUUGAGUAUACAGGAAAGACAGGUUCAGCCUCUAAGAAUUGAAAGCAUUGACCGUGCCCAACAGCCUGAGUUUUGGAGAAGCUUUGUUGAAACCGGCUACCUUGAUGCCAGCGACAGAGGUUCAGUCCAAGAAGGAUAUCGCAACAGUACGAAGGUCUUUUGUCUUGAAUCCAAUUUUAAAAGAAAGCCAACUCAUCAAGGAUUCACUGAGGCUUGGAAUCGCAUGAAAAUCUUCACGGAUGAGAAGCUAUGAAUUUUCCAAACCGGAGGUUCUUCAGUCCAUCUAUCCGCGAGUACCAGAUUUCUAAAGGAGAUUCAUGCCCCAUAAAGAAUCGGCCUGAGCCAAAACCGAUCCUCCAUGAACCAAAGAUUUGAUGUGGUUUCUCUAGUUGCUUUGAAUAAACAUGAUAAGCAUGAUAGUUUCUAAGGAGAGCAAGCACCAAUGGACGCCAAAGUACUUGGAAUUCCUUGAUAAAAAUGACUUCAAAACUCCAAGGAAGUUUCUGUCCACUCUAUUCAUUUACUGAAUUUCCCUUGAAUUUUAAUUCCUUUGUAUCUGAUUUAUCUCUUUUUGAUAUAGGUACAUUGGAUUUGAGGACAAAUCCUUUUGAAGAAGGAGGGAAUG